AUGGACUUGCCGGCGAGCCGCGGCCGGUGGCGCAGGCGGAGCGCCCGGUCGCACCUGCCUCUCGUCGUGGCCGUUCUCCUGCUCCUCCUCCCGACCUCCCUCCUCUUCUCAUCCGCCUACUCCACCAUGCUCCGCGCCCUAUUCCCUGUCCCCUCCACCCCCGGCGGUGCCGACACUCCCCGUCCCCGGUGCGGGGGCUCAGCGGAGCUCGAGGGCGAGAGGUUCCUGUGGUACGCGCCGCACAGCGGGUUCAGCAACCAGGUGGGCGAGUUCCGGAACGCCGCGGUGGCAGCCGCGCUGCUGAACCGCACUCUCGUCGUGCCCCCCGUGCUCGACCACCACGCCGUCGUCCUCGGGAGCUGCCCCAAGUUCAGGGUCACCGAUCCUGCCUCGCUGCGUGCUGCUGUCUGGGACCACGCCAUGCAACUCCUGCUGGACCGGAGGUAUGUUUCGAUGGGUGACAUAGUUGAUCUAUCCUCAAUCAAAUCUAUGGUUAGGACUAUUGACUUCAGGGUUUUUGUCUCCCUGUGGUGCGGUGUAGACAUGCGGAAGGCUUGCUUUUCUCGGUUGUGCUGUGCUGUUUCUGGCGGUAGCUCUAUGCCAGAUGACUACAAUAGAUGCCGUUCUUUGCUGUCUGGUCUAGGAGGCAGUGAAAAAGGUUGUGUCUAUCCUGUACAAGACGACUGUAGAACAACAGUAUGGACAUACCAACAGGAUGAUGAUGGGGCCUUGGAUCAGUUUCAACCAGAUGAUGAAUUGAAAAGGAAGAAGAAGAUCUCAUACAUCCGGAGACGCAGAGAUAUAUACAAGGCUUUAGGGCCUGGUUCACAAGCCGAGGAUGCUACCGUGUUGGCAUUUGGGACACUCUUCUCAGGACCAUACAGGGGAUCUGAGUCUUAUUUUGAUAUCCAUGAAUCGCCUAAGGACCAAAGAAUACAGAGGGUACUAGAUAAGAUUGAGUUUCUUCCUUUUGCCCCGGAGAUCAUGGCUGCAGGGAAGGAAUUUGCUAAGAACAACAUCAAGGAACCCUUUCUUUGUGCACAACUUAGGUUGCUAGAUGGGCAAUUCAAAAAUCACUGGAAAGCUACAUUCUCUGCCCUCAAGGAGAAGUUGAAAGCUGUUGAGUUAGAAAUGAAGAGAAACAAGACUGGUGGCCUUAUUCACAUGUUCAUCAUGACUGAUCUUCCACCAGCAAACUGGACCAAAACCUUUCUUGCAAAUGUUGCAACAGAUGAGCGAUAUAAAUUGUACAUGCUGAAGGAAAGUGAUGAGUUAGUGCUGCAAACUUCAGAAAAGCUUAUGGCUGCAGAACAUGGUGUUCGGUCUGGAUUACUUCCAAAAAUUAUAGAGAGCACAAAGAAAGAUUGCGACCCUGUUCAACUGCCAGAAAUUUUGUUGUCUAUUGAAGAAUCUGUUUGUAGCUGCGCAUCACUAGGAUUUGUGGGGACUGCUGGAUCAACCAUAGCAGGAAGCAUUGAAACAAUGAGGAAGAACAAUGUCUGCAAAUUGUAG